UAGAGAUGUUCACUCUCUCCAAACAACGCCACAGAGCGACAAUUGACAGCGGCUCCCCAUUCCAUUGAUCCCUUGGCUGUCGCAACAAUGGCGAGACCUUCCUCUGGUGGUGGCACCAGCGGCAUGGGGGAACUGUCCUUUCCCGACAAGGACACUGUGUAUCUCAAGCCAAUCCUGUUGGCCAAACGACAACAAUGGCGUCGGACACAUCCACUUUGGUCACUGAGCUUUCCAGUCUCUUCCACCCUGUUGUGGUGUUGCGGUCUGGCACUGUUGCUACACCCACUAAUGGUCUUGCUGUUGCGAAAAUACAAGGAGGACGACUGGCAUGAAAUCCUGUUGGAAGAACAAGGCGGUGAAACAACAACCAAGAUGAUACUGAGAGCUGCCGUCUCGGCUCUGGAUGCACUGGCGGUGGGGUUGCUGGAUGGGAGCCCGCGAAUUGCGGCGGCGUCUCUCUUUCUAUACACGUCAAUUUGCUCGGGAUAUCUGGCCUCUGCGGCUUGGAAGAGUGGAACAAUCAAGGGGCAACCAACAAUCAAACAGGAUUGACAGGGAUUUCUCGAGAAAAUUGGAAAAUCCAUCCUGUAGUUGCAACAGUCAAAUGGUUGGGACAGCGCAGCGCCAUGGAAGCAAGAUGAGCGUCAGACCAAGUUUAUUUAUUCAACAAAACUGACAACGCUGGGUUUUCGGCUUGUACGAUUUGGUCUGGACGCAUCCCAGAUGAGAAAUGUGCUUUUGCGGAAUCAAAUCAUUCCGUCUACGCGGGCAUCUCCGUUUUGUGGGUGUGAUUUUGACUGUGCGUGAGCGUCCCAAUGCAUGUUUCUUGGGUGGAGAAAACAAGACCGUGGCGGGUUUAGAUUUUUGACGAGCAGUACGUACCGUAGUAACUUGUUCAUUGGGAAGAAACAAAGCUAGCUAAUAAAGCACCAAUAACUGAAUGGCCAGCUUCCUUUGGAGCAAAAGAGAAGUAUCUGUUGCUGAGGUUCUUCUCAUUUCUUGCGCCAUGGCUUUCUUAUUAAAUUCGCAACACAAAUUACUGAUUGGUUGUUCCAGACCGUACGUGCGGUAGUGAUGUUGCGGGUCACUGAAGGUAACUUUGCACCCCACCACUCCAAGAACCAAGGAGUAUCA